AAAUAUUUCACGAAGCAAUGUCGAUUGUGAUUGCAUGUGUACGGUUAUUUAUUUUUCGAGAUCGAGACAUGGACACACGAACUAUUAUAUAAGUGAAAAAUGAAAAUAACUGAUUCCAACAUCUCUUCCCGUUUGAAUUGAAUUCAACACAUUGUUAAGCUCAAAGUGUGAACGAAUUUCCCCUUUCAGGCAAAUAUGUUCCGAUCAUACUUGACUCAAGUGACAGAAAUGCAAAGCUUUAUAAACUCUGAUCAUGCGAAAGUUCAGCAUUUUAAGUGGAUGGUGUUUUCUUUGUGCCUGUUUCACUCGGUGUUGUUGGAACGUAGGAAAUUUGGUUCAUUGGGAUUCAACAUAGCGUACGAAUUUACCGACGGCGAUUUAAGAAUAUGCAUAUCGCAGCUACACAUGUUCCUGUUGGAAUACGAUGCUGUUCCGUUUAAGGUGCUAAUUUACACAGCCGGUCACAUCAAUUAUGGAGGCCGAAUAACAGACGAUUGGGAUCGUCGAUGCGUGCUGACCAUCUUGCAAGAUUUUUAUAAACCAGAAAUUUUGUCGCCGUCGCAUAAAUUCGAUGAAGAAGGAUAUUACGCUCAGUUAUCGGGCACGGCGAACUUCGACGACUACAUCGAAUAUAUAAAAACUUUCCCACUCAACGACGAUCCGUCGAUGUUCGGAAUGCAUCCAAACGCGGACAUCAGUUUCGCACAAGCGGAAACGUACGCUUGCCUGAACACGUUGCUUGCACUUCAGCCACGAGAAGUCGGAGUCGCGGCCGCUAGCAUCGAGGAAGUCACCGCUCAUUUAGCUGAAAAUAUGCUGUCGACGAUACCACGAACCUUCGACUUGGCGAUUAUACAGCAAAAGUACCCAGUUUUAUACGAAGAAUCCUUUAACACGGUACUACUUCAAGAAGCCAUACGAUAUAAUAGUUUGCUGGAUGUAGUUAAAAUGACACUGGUGGAUCUGCUGAAAGCUCUGAAAGGCUUAGUUGUCAUGUCUGAACAGUUGGAAACUGUGUUGAACAGUCUCUACACCAACAGAAUUCCACAACUUUGGCAAGAUAAGGGCUAUCCUUCUUUAAAACCUCUCGAUAUUUUCUGAAAGUAAUCAAAACGAAAACGCAGGUGCCUGGUUUCUGGACUUGAAGGAGCGGAUCCAAUUUUUAAAAUCUUGGGAAGAUAAGGGGAUACCUGCAGCCUUUUGGAUUUCCGGCUUCUACUUUCCACAAGCAUUUCUAACAGGCACUUUGCAGAAUUUCGCGCGUAAAUACGUCGUUUCCAUCGACACAAUAGAUUUCAGUUUUCAGGUAUUAAAAUCAAUACCGGAUUACAAACUGCCAGAUGGUUGUGUUAUUUAUGGUCUAUUUCUUGAAGGAUGUCGAUGGGAUGGAAAUUAUUUAAACGAAUCUUUGCCUAAGGAACUAUAUACUAACAUGCCUCCGAUUUUACUUUUGCCGGAGGUGCAUCACAAACAGCCUGAUGGAAUCUACAUUUGCCCCGUGUACAAAACAAUCGAUCGAGCAGGCACGUUGAGUACAACCGGUCACUCAACAAAUUUUGUACUACCGAUGGAAAUUCCUAGUCGACAACCGCAAGCUCAUUGGAUCAAAAGAGGUGUAGCUUUGAUUUGUGCAUUGGAUUACUAACGACAUUUUAAUGCCUUAUUACGUUAUUUGUUUAAUUUGAAUAAAAUAUAUUAUUG